CGGUCGUACAGCAAAGUCGUCGUUUGUUGGUGCAGAUUCAUCCGGUAUCGUUGCGGCACACAAUGGCCCAGAGUCUUGAUACAGGAAGUUUGCUGUUCGAGGAGAAACCUCUGCAUACGCCCUCGCUGGCAGAGGUGCGCCAAGUGCUUGCGGAUGGGCUGAAAUCGUGCUUCAGUACGGUGGACGUUGAGGUUGUCGAUUGUCCGGAUUUAAGUAAAGCACCUUUCCAUCUCGCUGGAACAGGUUUGAACGGUUCACCCGUGCUGGUUGAAAUCGGUGGACCACCCUAUCUGCUUCCCACGGUGGACAACACGAAGCUUUACGACGUCGUCGGUGUCGCUCAACGAGCGCUCCAGGAUGACCAGAAACCAUUCAUAGUCAUCGGAGCCGGUGCUGGGCCGUUCCCGCUGGUUAACUCCAACUGCGAGGGUAUGUUCAACAUUCGCUACAACCCUCCGGGAACGGUCGUGAGCGAGAGCCACCUGGCGAUGGUAACAGCCGACCACAAGAACGUUGUCAUACGCAAAAUCCCAAACACGGAAACCCGCUGUGCCCUGCUCGCGAAUUUGCUCAUCGCCGAGGGUAAGGCUGGUCCGGUGCUGAAGGUGAGCUGUAAACGACGCACCGGAAACAAGGACUUCAUCGCUAGCAUUCGCACGUGCCUUGAGGAUCGGUACGGAGAGCAAACGGUUGGACUUGGUGGAGUGUUCCUGUUGCAGACCGGAAAAGCGAAACAACACGUCAUGUCCCCGUUCUCGAGCACACCCAUCCACACCGAGGAACAGCUGAACAAGUGGCUCAACUUCUUCGAUAUGCCUGCUCCGCUGAUUAACGUCGGUACACUCGUCACGACGGAGUGCGACCUGGACCUGCGAUUGCAGCAUUUCCACAGCUUCUCCACGCACGGCCAUGGUGGCCAUUACCAUAUUGACACGACACCGGAGGAGGUCGAGUACGAGGGAUAUUUCGUCGUCGGUGAGCGGAUCGUGCGCGUAGACAAGCCAGUUAACACGCACAAGUUUGGCCGAGAUUAAGUGAAGCGUCCAGUGGAAGCGAACCGGAGAAAACGCAACCGGAAAUGCAUCCACUAUAAAUGGUAAGAGCAACAAAAAAAAACGAACUGUAGACCCAUCAACGGUAGAUGCAUAAAUAAACCUUGACGAAGGGCACACGCCAAUCGGAUUGUGGAUUGUGUUUGCUUGCUUGUGCAAAUGUAGGCCAACGCGAAGUCGACCCGGCACACUGAUAAGCCACCCUGACAGGGCUGAUGAAGCGUGAAGAGCGCACUUGACCGCGAACAGCCUUUGGCGGUCUCUCUGGUUCACGGUGUCCGUUCCGGAUCGGUUGCGUUUGUUUGACAGCCGAAAUUGGUUCGCGUUUUUAAAGUAGAUAAUUAUUUAACGGGCAAACGUGCGGUGACAAAUUGCUGAUAAGCGUCCAUCAAGAGUUCGUUCGUAACGGGAAAAAUAGGAAA